CAUUUAUUAUAUUUACGCCUUGUUCUUUUUCUGGGGGUGGGGUUGAUGAAGGCUCAGCUUGGCUUGGGUGAGCUUCAAACUAGCCAACAUACAAAGGACUCUUGGAUGGAAAACAGGAAGCUAUCAGAUGCCACUUCGUACUGCUGUAUACCCUUAUAGAGUUGAAACUGAAGUAGUCAUUGGCAGGAAGGACAUUAUAACGGAUGAUUCUAUGAGCUAAACCCAGGUCCUGUCGAAGGCGACGAAGUUUCAAGUUUUCUAGACUCAGGAUAUCAAGUCUGGUGGAAUAAGGAUGGAUUAUACCUUGGAAGACACACAACGCAAGGAGAAACUUCUGAAGACAGUUUAUACCCUGCAAGUCAAAUCAGACUCUACUUUUCAGAAGGCUAGUCCUCUCCUGACCAACCACCCAGGCAUGGGCAUGGUGACUGACCACCAAGUUCACCAACUGGUGGAGAAAACCAGGGUCAUCUGCCAUGACCUCGACAAUAUCAAAAACCACCUCUACUAUCGGCAAGAUGACCUCGUCCGGAGGAUCUCAAAUCCCAACAGGAACCACUACGGAGCAGUGGGUGGAAUUCACUGCUCCCCAGAUGGGGUGGUCUACAUCACUACGGAGAACGCGCCCAGAGUGGACGUUCUUAAUCGCUCUGGCCAGGUGUUUCGGUCCAUCCCCUGUGUGGAAUGGAAGAAGGAGGUUUUUUUACCGGAGGACGUGGCCAUCACCAGAGCUGGGAUGGUGGCUGUUACGGACAUGUUGAACGGAACUGUCCAUGUCUUCAAAGACCACUCCAUGUUCUCCAAGGGUCAAUGGCUCAGAAUUGGGAAGUUCCGCUCCCCCAGAGGGAUUGCCGUCGAAGCAUCAGGAAGGAUACUGGUGGCUGAUUACACCGAAGGAAAAGUCCACGUCUUUGCCCUGGACCGCGCUUUCAAGAUGCAGAAUGCUCACUCCAUCUCCAACUUAAGCGGGCCACGCUACGUCUGCAACAUCCCCGACGGGGGGUUUGCAGUGAGCGAAGAAUGUGGGGACGUCAAAGUCUUCGACAGCAGCCACAAGCUGGUCUCUUCCGUCAGCAGCAAAUACGGCCACCAGUUUGGCAACCCUGCCGGCAUUUGUGCCGAUAAGGAAGGCAAUAUUAUAGUUGCGGACGAACAGCGUCAGAAAGUGCAGCUGUUUCCUAAGAACGGAUCUCCAAUCUGUCUCGUUUCUAAAGGUCUUCUGAGACCGACCAGCAUCGCCUGUGCCACUGAUGGCUCGCUUUUUGUCACCGACAGCGGGGACAACGAUGUCAAAGUCUUCAAAUAUCGCGUGAGGCCCCAUUACAAUCCUGACGUUGUACCUGGUGACAGUCCAAAUUAUUCACCUCGAGGGAAGGCAGGGUAGGAUCUUCUACUGUCCCCCACAGGUAGUCCUUGACUUAUGACUGCAACCGAGCCCGAAAUAUCCGUUGUUAAGCAAGGGAGCUGUUAAGUGAGCUUUAUACCCUAUUUUGUGACCGUUCUUGCCACCGUUUUUAAGUGAAUCACUGCAGCCGUUCUGUUAGUAACACGGUUGUUAAAAUGAAUCUGGCUCCCCCAACUGACUUUGCUUGUCCGAAGGUCACAAAAGGGGAUCGCGCGACCCCGGGAUGCUGCAACCGUGAUAAAUAUGAAGCACCUGAAUUUUGACCAUGUGACCGUGGGGAUGCAGCAAAAAUCGUAAGUGUGAAAAAUGGCCAUGAGCAGGGGUGAAAUCCAGCUGGUUCUAACAGGUUCUAGAGAACCGGUAGCAGAAAUUUUGAGUAGUUCAGAGAACCAGCAAAUACUACCUCUGGCUGGCCCCAGAGUGGGGUGGGAAUAGGGAUUUUGCAACAUCCUUUCCCCAGCAGUGGGGAGGGAAUGGAGAUUUUGCAAUAUCCUUCCCCUGCCACACCCACCAAGCCAUACCCACAGAACCAGUAGGGGAAAAUUUUGGAUUUCACCCCUGGCACCCCAAAGUCUCUUUCUGUCAGUGCCGUCGUAACUUUGAACAAACAAAUAGCUGCAAGUCGAGAACUACCUGUAUUACUUUUACAAAUGCAUCCAUUUCUUUGCCACAUUAUCUCAUCAAAUCUGCACUCAUUUGUUCAAUCAACAGUACGUCAACCUACUCUGGGGAGGAACUAUAAUUUGCGGUGAUUCAUGGAGAAGACCCACCCCAAAGAAAGAAAACAACCUCAACAAAUGACGCCCAAAAGGAGAGAACCUGAAAUUGGUGCUAAAUGGACAGUUUGUCCAAUAAUUAACUGUUUCUUCCUUAAUGGACCUUCUUUUUGUAGGGAGCAAAAUGUCAGAAGGGACCAUGGGAGAAGGAGGUUGGAUCACAAGCGGGCUUUCUUUUCUUUUUUCUUUUUUUAACAUGGCACCGAUGAGAGUAUUUUGAUCUGGAAAGUGAGAGAGCAUGCCCAAUUUUUAGCUUUUAGGAUGGUUUUGGUCAGCAGGAUCUUACUGGGAAUGGAAGAAGAUGGUGAUUGGUGAUAUGGCUCUAAGGUGGUGAUUAGGAAGCAUGGAAUGGAAGAGAAAGGAGACUGAUUUUAAAGGUAGAGACAAGAAAAGGUUAACCAGCCGGUUUGUACUGGUUCUGUUCUGUCCCCCCCAUCUCAGUCCAGGAGGCAUGAGCAAUGACUUAAUUAGCCGGCAAUUCAGUCCACGGCAGCUAUCAGCUCUGGCAGCAAACUAGCGAGCAUCUGCCAAGUUUCUCUGUUAUCUUUUCUUGAUGCCGGCGAGUCAAUCAGGAAACCAGGAACAAGCAGUACUUCAGCUCAAGUUCUCUCUAAGCAGUUGAUUUGUUCACCACGGAGUAGUAUAGCAGCCCCUGCUGCUUUUAUACCCUGUGGGGUGUGGCUCCAUGACUCAGCACUUCCUAGGCCUGCCCCACCCCUGCUUCUGUUGUUCCCGCCUCUCCUGUCUACGAAACCUAGGGUCCAACCAGGACUGAUUGUCCUCAGCUGGGUCUGGGAGCAUUGCCUGGGCGGGGGGAGAUAUAGGAGAAAGAGGCCUCGUUAUUUCUUCCAGCUGGCCUGCCUCUGGCUCCUGGGGCCCUACAGAAGGGAGCCCUGACAGCCCUUCCCCCUCACUCUCUGAGUCACUCUCUGGCAGAGGGCCAGGCCCGGGGUGGGUGGUUGGAGCCACAACAGGUUCCAGUGAACCGGUAGCAGAGAUUGUGGGUGGGGUGGGGUGAGCCGCCUGCCCUGGCUCCAUGCCAUCCUAUUUAGUCAUGGUUUUGAGGCCCUGUGCAUGCGCAGAAGGCAUACGCAUGAGCAAAGCACAUGCGCAGACGGCCUGGCACAUGUGCGAAAGGUGCAUAAGUGCGUAAAGCAAGUGUGCCAGCGCACGGUGAACCGAUAGCAACAAAAUGUGAAACCCACCACUGGUUAAAGAGUGAAUCUAAUUGAGGACUGUGGUCUACCUGGGUAUCUGCAGAGAACGGGAGAAAGCAAGCAAGGUUUAUGGCAGGGGUGUCCAACCUUGGCUACCUUAACACCUGUGGACUUCAACUCCCAGAAUUCCCCAGCCAGCAUGUUGGCACUUGGUCUCCGGGAGGAUUCUGAAUGGUAGUAUAUAGAGGAUUUUUAGAAAGAGAGAGUGAUCGGCAAAGGGAGGUAUGAUGGGAAGAACUGGCAGAUUACAGAACAGGCAGUUGAAAAUUUAAGGCAUCCCUUCUUCUGACCAGAGGAGAAUCCCAAUUUCCAGGUAUUAUUUGAAACCUGGCUGGGCAAGGAUGAUGAGUUCCCUUCUUUGAAAUGGGCCUUUCAGCUAUCUCCACUCCAGAUCAGGAUAGCAAUCCUAGGGCAAUGUUUCUCAACCUUGACAGUUUUCAGAUGAGUGGACUUCCACUUCCAUAAUUCCUCAGCCAGCCAUGAAUCUGGUUUGCAUCAUACCUGUAUUUUGUUAUUUAAAACAAAUAUUGUAGAGUUGUGUUUAUAAGCCACUUGUUUGACGAAGCAUAAAUAAAUAUAGUAAGCCUGAAAGUGGCUGUAUUAUUUGUAAGUUUGUAAGGUUUCUCUUCUGUGUUUUUAUCUGUUGAUCUGUUGUUUUAACUGUUUUUUCAUUUUAUUUAUGCCAGUUUAUUUUUUGCUGUUUUCAGCUUGUAAACUGCCUAGAGUCUCACAAAUGAGAUGGCAGCUGUAUAAAUUUAAACUUAAGCAAACAAACAAACAACAGUUGAUAUAAUAUGAAUCUAGCCAAUAUAAAGAAAAUGGUUUUUUUCCUUUCGUCCCAAAGAUUUAAUGCUUAUCCCCAGCAAUGUUUUGAUAAAAAAUACACUGUUAACAUUUUGUUUUCUCCCAAAAGUAUAGUGAGCGUAUUUUCUUGCAAGAAAAUUAAGGGCAAACCUGAAGAAGGAGCAAAUCUGAAAGAUGUACAUAAAUAUGAAAGCAAUGUUUAUUUAUAACUUUGCUUUACAAUGAAAAAUUCAAGAGCAAAACCUUUAUAAAAAUGUGUAUAUAAAUAAAAAAAAAAUAUCCCAAAAGCUUUAAAAGCUAUGAAGUUGUAAGGAGCAAAGAUUAAAAAGGAUUUCUACAGCCAGACUGUAACAUUUGUCCAGUAAAAUGAUCAAAAUAAAGGACAUAAGUGAGUUUUUGAAAAAUAAAUAAAUAAAUAAAUCUAAAGGACAACUUUCUGGAAUGAAAGACUGCCUUUUAUAAUAAAAGACACACUGUCACAGUACCAAAGACAGAUAUUAAAGAGGGAAAUUGUAAAAGGGAAGAUUCUGAGCCAUUCUGUAGAGUUAUCAGCUUCCAACAAAUUAUUGUGGAGGGAGACAAGGCUAAUCCUCAAAGACAUAACAGUUGAGAUGGCAUGAAGCUUAUCAGGAAAUUGGAAGAUGCAGACCUGGCUUUGAAAGGAAGCUGUGUUCUGCCCAGGGUGUGGACAGCAACGGUUAAUUUCGCUUUGCAAAGCAAAGGCUCUUAGGGCAGUAAGCAUUUGGCAAUCUGAAAAGCCACUACCAGAGCUUCUACUUUCUGCAUUUAAUCAGGUCAGUAUGAAACUAUAUAAGGUUCUACAUUAUAUAUAUGUGGUACCUCGCUCAAUAGCAGUAACUGCGAGAGGGAUCUUGGAGUCCUAGUGGACAACCAUUUAAAUAUGAGCCAGCCGUGUGCAGCAGCUGCCAAAAAGCCAACACAGUUCUAGGCUGCAUAAACAGAGGGAUAGAAUCAAGAUUAUGUGAAGUGUUAAUACCACUUUAUAAUGCCUUGGUAAGGCCACACUUGGAAUCCUGCAUUCAGUUUUGGUCGCCAUGAUGUAAAAAAAGAUGUGGAGACUCUAGAAAGAGUGCAGAGAAGAGCAACAAAGAUGAUUAGGGGACUGGAGGCUAAAACAUAUGAAGGAACGGUUGCAGGAACUGGGUAUGUCUAGUUUUUUGAAAAGAAGGACUAGGGGUGACAUGAUAGCAGUGUUCCAAUAUCUGAGGGGCUGCCAUAAAGAAGAGGGGGUCAAGCUAUUCUCCAAAGCACUGAGGGUAGGAAAAGAAGCAGUGGGUGGAAUCUAAUCAAGGAGAGAAGCAACUUAGAACUAAGGACAGUCCUGACAGUCCUGAACAAUUAAUCAGUGGAAUAACUUACCUCCAGAGGUUGUGAAUGCUCCAACACUGGAAGCUUUUAAAAAGAGAUUGGAUAGCUAUUUGUCUGAAGUGGUGUUCCUGCCUAAGCAGGGGGGUUGGACUAGAAGACCUCCAAGAUCCCUUCCAACUCUGUUAUUCUAAAUGCUAAAGAGUUCUUAAUUCUAAACAAAAGUCAAAUUCAUGCCUGAUGUAAGCAAACCGCAUUUCAUAUCUGUGUAGAUUGUUAGUGAAAUUUCGUGGCUGUAGUGUCUGUAUUGUGGCAUCAAAUUAUAUGCUGCACCUGGAUAAACUUGCAAGUUCUGUUCUAUAGUUGUGUGCAUGGCUGUAAUUAAUGUGCAUAUGAAUUUAAUAUUGUUGGGGGCAAUAUGCUGACUCUGUAAACCACUUAGAGAGGACUGUAAAGCCCGGUCAAGCAGUCUAUAAGUGUACUGCUAUUGCUAUAUUGCUUUAUUCUACAAAAGGUCAUUCAAGGCAAAACCAAGUUGCUUAAGAAUAAAGUGUACUGUAGUUUAUUGUGUACAAACUCAAUAAAGUGUACUGUAGUUUAAGUGUACAAACUCAUACUGUAGUUUGUUUCUUUAUUUUCACUAUGGUAAGAAAUGUAAAGUAAAAAUUUUAACAGUUCAGGUGGUUCUGUAUUCAUAGGAUGCAAGAAAACAUCUUCGAGAAUUUUCAGAAAGACUUUUUUUAAGCAAUUUGACUGAUGUAGUAUGACUUUUAUAUUAUUAUUUUAUUUCAGUCUUUCUGAAACUUGACAUUUGGACUUGAACUCCCAGAAUUCCCCAGCCAGCUGGUUGGGGAAUUUUGGGAGUGGUAGUCCACACA